AUGCUAGCAGCCAAACCCCGGGCGGCGAACUCCACCAAGCAGGCACAAUCUGUGCUCCUGAAAAAACUUGGAGUGCGAGUCGACGAAGAUGCGGGCGACUCAGAGAUCCAGCGCAAUUUCAAGGAAACGUUCCGAGGGCCCAUGUCCAGUGGCAAGCAGCAAGCGUUUCAGUUACUCUUCUCCGGUGACUUCGACCCGGUAGCCAUGGAGCUCAACAUGGCUGGUUUGGACGUUGUUGAGGCUUAG